GUUUAUUUUAAACAACAUUUUAUCCACGUUGAAGCUCUUAUUUUUUAUUGUUCACCCGUCGAGGAUGGAAAACUGAUGGCCUUUCUCAUGCUGGAGGCUAGCUGUUCACUCUGAAGUUGCAUGAUGAAAAGAUGGCACAGCUGCUUGUACCACCAGGUCCAGACAGCCUCCGCCCGUUUAGUCGUGAGUCCCUCAAAGCCAUCGAGGCACGGAUUGCAGAGGAGAAAGCCAAGAAGCCGAAGGGAGAGAAGAAAAAACACAAUGAUGAGAAUGACCUCAAGCCCAGCCGUGACCUGGAGGCGGGCAAAUCACUCCCUCGUCUGUAUGGGGACACCCCUAAAGGCAUGGUGUCGAUACCGCUGGAGGACCCGGAUCCCUACUACUGUAAUACUUUCAUAGUACUAAGCAAAGGAAACUGCAUCUUCCGCUUCAAUGCCGCUCCUGCCUUGUACCUCCUGAGCCCCUUCAACUUCCUCAGAAGAAUAUCACUUAGGAUUUUGGUACACUCAUUGUUCAGUAUGGUGAUCAUGCUCACUAUCCUCGUCAACUGUGUGUUUAUGACAUAUAGUACAGUGCCUGAACACUUAAAGUUUGUAGAGUACACAUUUACCGCAAUCUAUACGUUUGAAUCCCUCGUUAAAAUUUUAGCUCGAGGGUUCUGCAUAGGGAAGUUCACGUUUCUAAGAGAUCCCUGGAAUUGGUUGGAUUUCAGUGUCAUUAUCAUGGCGUAUGUCACUACGUUUGUACCCCUGGGCAAUUUUUCAGUUCUUCGCAUAUUCAGAGUGCUGAGAGCUUUAAAAGCUAUUUCAGUUAUCCCAGGCUUGAAGACCAUUGUUGGUGCAUUGUUCCAGUCUGUGAAGAAGCUUGCUGAUGUGAUGAUUCUCACCGUCUUUUGCUUGAGCGUCUUUGCCCUCAUAGGGUUACAGCUGUUUAUGGGCCAUUUAAAGCAAAAGUGUGUGAGGCAACCUGAUAAUUCCACCCUCAAUGGUACAACAAUGAAAGAUUUCGACUGGGAGACAUACGCGCUCAAUAAGAGUAAUCUGUAUUACCUUAACGGCAAAAAAGAUCCAUUGCUUUGUGGAUCUGGCCGUGGAGCUGGGCAGUGUCCAGAGGGGUUCAUUUGCUGGAGAGUGGGAAGGAACCCAGACUAUGGUUACACCAGCUUUGACUCAUUUGGUUGGGCCUUUCUCGCUCUGUUUCGACUGAUGACACAGGAUGCCUGGGAAAACCUUUACCAGCAGACGUUGCGGGCAGCUGGAAAGCCCUACAUGAUCUUUUUUGUGCUGGUGAUAUUCCUCGGUUCCUUCUACCUGGUCAACCUGAUCUUAGCUGUAGUAGCUAUGGCCUAUGAGGAGCAGAGCCAGGCCACCAUAAAGGAGGAGCAGCAGAAGAAGGAAGAGUAUGAUGCUAUGGCUGAGCAGCUAAAACAGCAGCAAGAGGAUGCCCAGGCAGCAGCAGCUGCAGCAGCUGCAGAGAGCGGGGAGGCCAGCGAUAAAGCCAGUGGCCCCGAGAGCUCCUCUGACACUUCCAAGCUCAGCUCCAAAAGUGCCAAAGAGAGACGCAACAGACGAAGAAAAAUGAAGGAGGAGGAGGGCAAAGGGGCUGAUGUGAGGGUUCCUAAAUCCGAUUCACAGGACAGUAUCAGGAAGGCUCGCUGCCGCUUCUCUGUGGGUGCAAACCAGCUCAACUAUGACAUGAAAUGCUCACCUGCACAUCAGUCCUUUCUGAGUUUUCGUGGACCCCUGCUCUCGUCCAGACGGUACAGCAGGACCAGCCUUUUCAGUUUCCAAAGCCAAGCGCAUGACGUUGCUUCAGAAAAUGGGUUUGCAGAUGAUGAGAACAGCAUUUUUGAAGACAACCGGAGUCGGAGGGGUUCUUUGUUUCUUCCGCGGAGUGAUCGACGCAGCAGCACUAUGAGCCAGAACAGCUUCUUUUCGCAUCUCCUACUUCAACCCAAUGGGAUCAAGCACAGCUCUGUAGAUCGCAGUGGGGUUGCGUCUCUAGUGGGGGGCAAUUCACUCCCAUCGUCACCUGUGGGGCUCCGUCUACCUAAAGUGACAGUAGAUAUGGCUUCCACCGGAGACAAUGCUGACACCACUGACACAGAAUACAGACAGGCUCGUGGAGGACCACAACAGGAGUUUAUGGACUUCCUUGAGGGGCCAGAGGCCAGACAGAGAGCUCUUAGUAUAGCUAGUGUCAUAACUAGCACAAUGGAGGAACUUGAAGAGUCCAGGCAGAAGUGUCCUCCUUGCUGGUACAAUUUUGCCCAUACUUUCCUCAUCUGGGAAUGUUGUCCAGUAUGGCUGGAGAUAAAGAGGAUGGUUAAGCUGAUUGUGAUGGAUCCAUUUGUGGACCUAGCCAUCACCAUCUGCAUUGUACUCAACACAUUGUUUAUGGCCAUGGAGCAUUAUCCAAUGACCGUCGGUUUCACUGACAUGCUGACUGUGGGCAAUAAGGUAUUCACUGGCAUCUUCACAGCUGAAAUGGUCCUUAAGAUCAUUGCUUUGGACCCGUACCAUUACUUCCAGGAGCGAUGGAAUAUUUUCGAUGGAGUCAUUGUCAGCUUAAGCUUGAUGGAACUUUGCUUGGAAGACGUGGGAGGCAUGUCUGUUCUGAGAUCAUUCAGACUGCUGAGAGUAUUCAAGUUGGCUAAAUCGUGGCCCACUCUUAACACACUGAUCAAAAUAAUUGGCAACUCAGUUGGGGCUUUGGGCAACCUGACGCUGGUGCUGGCCAUUAUCGUCUUCAUCUUUGCUGUUGUGGGCAUGCAGCUGUUUGGAAAAAACUACAAGGAAUGUGUGUGUAAAAUCUCUAGGGACUGCACUCUACCUCGUUGGCACAUGAAUGACUUCUUCCAUUCAUUCCUCAUUGUGUUCCGAGUGCUUUGUGGAGAGUGGAUAGAGACCAUGUGGGACUGUAUGGAGGUGGCUGGGACGACCAAGUGCAUCAUUGUCUACAUGAUGGUCAUGGUUAUUGGAAACCUUGUGGUGCUGAACCUGUUCCUGGCUCUGCUGCUGAGUUCUUUCAGCGCUGACAACUUGACAGUGACGGAUGAGGAAGACAACAGCUUGCAAAUUGCCAUUGCUCGGAUUCACAGGGGCAUUGCCUUUGUAAAGUCCUAUCUUCGAAGCAGCUGCAACAGUGUCUGUCUUGGGAAAGAGAAGAAAGGGAAGGGGGAGGAAAAAUCCCUGGAUGAGCUCCACAAACCUUUAGGUCCGAAUAGUGUCCCCAACCACACCAUCAUAGACUUUCCUAAGAAUGGAAAUGGGGAUGUAAUUGGAGUGGGCAAAAAUGGAGACAAGUACAUAGUCAGCAGCAAGAGUGAUGACUCUAUAAUGUCUUUCAUCAACAAUCCAAGCCUGACUGUCACCGUUCCUAUUGCUGUGGGAGAGUCUGACUUUGAAAACCUCAACACAGAAGACUUCAGCAGUGCCUCUGAUGAUGAGAUUGCAGAUGAUGAUGGCCAGACCAGCUCCUCUGAGGGCAGCACAAUAGACGAUUUGCCAGGCAGGGAGGGAGCAGAGUCUUUAGACUUUAAAUUGGAAGAACAUAUGGAACCUGACGCCUGCUUUCCUGAUGGCUGUGUGCAAAGGUUCCAGUGUUGUCAGGUUAAUGUGGAAAAGGGCUGGUGGAAGGUGUGGUGGACGCUUAGAAAGACCUGUUACCGGAUCGUAGAGCACAACUGGUUUGAGAGUUUCAUCAUCUUCAUGAUCCUGCUUAGCAGUGGAGCACUGGCACUUGAGGAUGUCUACAUUGAGCAGAGGAAGACCAUUAAAACGAUGUUGGAAUUUGCAGACAAAAUCUUCACCUACAUCUUUAUUCUGGAAAUGUUACUGAAGUGGGUGGCGUAUGGAUAUGCCAAGUAUUUUACAAAUGCCUGGUGCUGGCUGGACUUUAUCAUUGUUGAUGUCUCACUGAUCAGUAUGACAGCCAAUGCCUUGGGAUAUUCUGAACUUGGUGCCAUCAAGUCUCUGAGAACCUUGCGAGCUCUGAGGCCCCUAAGAGCCCUGUCUCGGUUUGAAGGCAUGAGGGUGGUUGUCAAUGCCCUCCUUGGAGCCAUUCCUUCUAUCUUCAAUGUGCUGCUGGUGUGUCUCAUCUUCUGGCUCAUCUUCAGCAUCAUGGGAGUCAACUUAUUUGCGGGAAAGUACGGCCGUUGUGUCAACAAGACCACGAAUAUGGAUUUCCCGUCAACGGUGGUGACAAACAAGACAGAGUGUGACAACAUGGGCAAAGACGUUGCUCGCUGGAUGAUUGUCAAAAUCAACUUUGACAAUGUUGGCGCCGGUUACCUUGCACUGCUGCAAGUGGCUACCUUCAAGGGCUGGAUGGACAUCAUGUAUGCAGCUGUGGACUCUCAAAGCAAACCAGAACAACAACCAGAAUAUGAGAUCAGCCUGCGGAUGUACAUGUAUUUUGUUGUUUUCAUCAUAUUUGGAGCCUUCUUCACUCUCAAUCUCUUUAUUGGUGUCAUCAUAGACAAUUUUAAUCAGCAAAAGAAAAAGUUUGGAGGUCAAGACAUCUUCAUGACUGAAGAACAGAAGAAAUACUACAAUGCCAUGAAAAAGCUGGGCUCAAAGAAACCACAAAAACCUAUACCCAGGCCAGCAAACAAAAUUCAAGGAUUCAUCUUUGACUUCACCACAAACCAAGCAUUUGAUAUUGUAAUAAUGGUUCUGAUAUGGCUCAAUAUGGUAGCCAUGAUGGUGGAAACUGAGGAGCAGUCAAAGCAAAAGGAGGACAUUCUCUACUGGAUCAAUUUAGUAUUCAUUAUCAUCUUCACUGGAGAGUGUUUGUUGAAGAUGAUUGCACUUCGGCAAUACUUUUUCACAAAUGGCUGGAAUGUGUUUGAUUUCAUCGUCGUCAUCCUCUCAAUAAUUGGUGUGUUUCUCUCAAAGCUAAUUGAGGCGUACUUCGUUUCACCAACACUGUUCAGAGUUAUCCGAUUGGCUCGGAUUGGCCGCGUCCUCCGCCUUAUUAAAAGUGCCAAAGGAAUUCGCACACUCCUGUUUGCCUUAAUGAUGUCACUUCCUGCCUUGUUCAACAUUGGUCUCUUGCUCUUCUUGGUGAUGUUUAUCUAUGCCAUCUUUGGCAUGUCAAACUUUGCUUAUGUCAAGAGGGAAGCAGGCAUCGAUGACCUUUUCAAUUUUGAGACUUUUGGCAACAGCAUGAUCUGUUUGUUCCAGAUCACCACCUCAGCGGGGUGGGAUGGCCUGCUUUCUCCCAUUCUCAACAAACAUGAAGAUGAUUGUAACAUGUCAAAGGAGCAUCCUGGCAGUCGUGUUAAGGGAGACUGUGGGAGUUAUUCUGUGGGGGUUGCCUUCUUUGUGAGCUACAUCAUCAUUUGUUUCCUGAUUGUGGUGAAUAUGUACAUUGCAGUUAUCCUAGAAAACUUCGGUGUGGCCACUGAGGAGAGUGCAGAUCCAUUAAGCGAGGAUGAUUUUGAAACGUUUUAUGAGGUCUGGGAAAAAUUUGAUCCCCGUGCAUCACAGUUCAUGGAGUACAAUAAGCUGUCAGAAUUUGCAGAUGCUCUGGACCCACCUUUACGCAUCCCAAAGCCUAACAAGAUGGAACUGAUCUCUAUGGAUCUACCCAUGGUGAGCGGUGAACGCAUCCACUGCCUGGACAUCCUGUUUGCAUUCACAAAACGCGUUCUGGGUGAGGGUGGGGAGAUGGACAUCCUGAGGGGGCAGAUGGAGGAGCGAUUCAUGGCCUCCAAUCCUUCCAAAGUGUCCUAUGAGCCCAUCACUACCACCCUACGUCGCAAACAGGAGGACACAUCAGCCGUUGUCAUCCAGAGAGCAUACAGAGAGUAUGCAAAGAAACAUGCUGCUGUAAAGCCCUCUGACAGAUCCAGCGAUAACAUUAGAAAGGAUCAAACAUACACUGACAAAGAGGAUCUUGUCACAGACAAACUCAAAGACAUUUCCAGCGCCGAAAAAAGUGAACUGACACCUUCAGCGGCCCCUCAACCCUCAUGUAACAGUGUGACAACAAAUGGGAGAAACAAAUAUGAAAAAGACAAAAGUGAAAAGGAGGUUGAGGGCAAAGACGUCAGAGAGCAAUAUAUGUAAAAGAAAGAUGGAGAUGCAACAAAGACAUUUAAAUCAAUGACAAAAAUGUUUACAACCUUUAACUUAGACAUCCA